GUUGCUUCCUACCCUAGCCUUAAAAGUAGUUAGCGAGCUAGCGUGUAGCGAGUGAUAGCGUACUUCAGCCUUUCACUGAAAUACAUUUCGAAAGCGGAAAAGUUUGCUGCUGAAAAGAAAUAGUGAGAAGUCUCAGUCGAAGUCCAUUUUCUGCCGUCCUGUUCCGAACCGUGAGUCCCCUUCCAGCCGAAAUAGCGCUUUCGAGAAGCGGCGGUGGCGGCUGAAGUGCAGCUGGAUGUGACAGGUUCGUCAUCAGAUCACUGACAGAAAGUGCCUUGUGAGACGACAUCCCUUCUUGAUGAUCCCUGGGCGUUUCUGAAGAGCUUCAGAUUUCUCCCUCUGCAGUCGUGACAGGAUAUAGCUCAGCUGCAAACACCGCUAACCCUUUGGGUUAUUCUUACCUGUGCUCAGAGAGAAGAAACCCCAAGUGAAGAGGUGGAGCUACUGCACUGCUGGCCAAGGUGCCAAAGCUCAGAGAGAGUAGGUAUUGAAGACUUUUAAAUAAUAGAAAGCCACAAACGUUGUGUUGUCCUAAACUGUGCCAUCGCACCUCAAAAUAGCACCACUUCUGCUCUCCAACAGCCACCCUUGAACAGAUAUCAUCUUUUAUACAAAGGACAUUUUUGGGACAUUGGUACAACCAGUAGAGAUUGUUUCCGAGCAUGCCCCCUCUGCAUCGUCAGAGGUCUGCACCUGAGACUUACUGAUUGAUGAACAAUUAGCUGUUUGACUGACAAACUCAUCAACAGCAGUGCAGUCCCAUGCUUCGGUCACAGAGACUUUGCCAGUCCAUUACCUCCACUUUCUUGUCCACAAGGACAAACCUCAUCCACUGACCUGAGGCAGAUCACUUAUAUCUACAUGUUCCAUUAGUUUUAGUUGUUGUGGGUUUUAUUUUUUUUUAUUGGAACACUGAAACAACUCCUCAGAGGAUAAUCUCCUCCUUAAACCAAGUGGCUCCACUCCACCCCAGCUCCACAGCCAGCACUGCUGACAUGGCUCUAAACAUUGCUUCGAUACGGGACACAAAAUGGCUGACCCUGGAAGUGUGCCGGCAGUUUCAGAGAGGGACUUGUUCACGCAGUGAUGAGGAAUGCAAAUUUGCCCACCCACCCAAAAGCUGCCAAGUGGAGAAUGGGAGGGUGAUCGCCUGUUUUGACUCAUUAAAGGGCCGUUGCACGCGAGAGAACUGCAAAUACCUCCACCCACCCGCUCACCUGAAGACCCAGCUUGAGAUCAACGGGCGAAAUAACCUGAUCCAGCAGAAGACAGCGGCCGCCAUGUUGGCUCAGCAGAUGCAGUUCAUGAUCCCUGGCACCACCAUGCAACCUGUGCAGACGUUUCCAGUCAGCCAGGGCCUGGGCUCCAGCGCAGGUUUGAGCUACACACCCUACCUGACUCCCAUGUCCCACAGCAUGGGCCUGGUGCCCACAGACAUCCUGCCCAGCACGCCCGUUAUCGUCCCCGGCAGCCCGCCUGUCUCCGUGACCGCCGGCUCUUCCUCCAGCCAGAAACUGCUGCGUACCGACAAGCUGGAGGUUUGCCGUGAGUUCCAGCGGGGCAACUGUGCACGCGGUGAGACUGACUGCCGCUUUGCUCACCCGAGCGACAGCCCCAUGAUCGACACCAGCGACAACACGGUCACCGUUUGCAUGGACUACAUCAAGAGCCGCUGCUCACGCGAGAAGUGCAAGUACUUCCACCCCCCGGCCCACCUGCAGGCCAAGAUUAAGGCCGCCCAACACCAGGCCAACCAGACAGCUGUGGCUGCGCAAGCUGCUGCCACAGCUGCAGCCAUGACUCAGUCGACUGCCAAAGCAAUGAAGCGACCCCUCGAGGCAACUGUAGACCUGGCGUUCCCCCACGGCGUCCUGCAGCCCCUACCAAAGAGACCAGCACUUGAGAAGAGCAACGGAGCAAGCUCCCUGUUCAACCCCAGUGUUUUGCACUACCAGCAGGCGCUGGCCAACGCACAGCUCCAGCAGCCCGCUUUCUUUCCCACAGGGUCAGUCUUGUGCAUGACUCCUGCUAGCAGUCUUGUCCCAAUGAUGUACAGUGCUACGCCUGCUACUGUCUCUGCAGCAACAACUCCUGCCACAAGUGUCCCCUACGCAGCAACAGCACCAGCCAAUCAGAUCAUCCUGAAAUAAGUUUCAGGAAGGGAACGGAGUGUCACGAAGCUGCACUGGGAAACCUAAAACAGCCCCUGUGUAAAUACUACCUUACCUCUCCCAUAGAGGUCCAGCAACCUGCAUGCUAAGAGUGUAAACACUUCAAUUUAACCGUAAGAACUGCAGUGCCGGUGUAACACACACAGAAAAAAAAGAUAUAUAUACUGUAUGUAUUGCUAGAAAAAAUAAUUAACAUGAAAAAUUCAAAAAUAUUCUUAUGUAUAGUGCGACAUACAUAGCAGACACACAAUAUAGAGGUCAUUUUAACAACUGUUCUCCCAAAGUACCGUGGAUCCCCUCUCUUUCAUAUUUAUUCUAAAAACCUCUGCACAAUGUUCAUCCCUUUGGUUAGUAAAAAAAAGAUGCGUGAUUUGCAUUAUAUGAGAAAUAUAGUGCUCAAUCUGGAAGUGGGAAAACAGGAAGUCACAGAAAACCCGUGCACAACCACACCAACGCACUCGGCGCUUUGAAGAGGGUUUUCAUCUCGCGGUCUUUGCUUUUUUCUCUCUACAAAGUUGAAUGUCCUUGGGGCAGACAGGCUCAUGUUUUCUUAAUGUGACUGUCCCGGCGAGGGUUCGUCUGUGACCCUCAUCUGCCCCAGAUGCUGUUAAGAUGCCAUGAUGAAGCUUAUCCUCCCCUCCCCCCCUGCCAACUUUUCAUCUCCGGAAACAUCUUGCCAAAGUUGCGGCUUGGAAGAGGUCAAUGGAAUCAACCUGCCAGAGCGCAGGGCCACAUUUUAACACCCAGACAAAAUCUUUUCUUUUUUUUUUUUUGCCAUUGCGAAAGCUGCUCAGAACGCACCCUUUAUUUGUUUGGGUGCUUUGUUUAGGAGGAGUGGUGGGAUAGAUUGUGCACGGAUUUUUGCAUGCAGUCAGGACAGGGAAAGACAGUGCCCAGUGUUGACAGAAGAUAGUCGUGGCCAUUACCACAAAGCCUAAAGGCUCGGGUCUGUGCCAAGGGCUUAACAAAGCUUGAGGGUUUGUUCCAGACAUACCAAGCCUUGUGUGUGUGUGCAUGUGUGUUCGUAUCUGGAGACUGAUGGUCUGCCGGCAGACUGGGACUUGAAGCGAGGUCUAGCAGGUGAUGACAACACCAGGCCUGGUGGGAGAGUUUUUUGAGGGGUGGGUGAGGGAUUUAAGUGCUAAGACUAAACAAAAAACGGUGCAUUUGACGACGCUCGUCAAGCAAAAAGAUAACUUGAACUUCGACUGGAGGGCUAUCUGUGACCGUCGGUUGUCCUGUCCAACCCUACUAUCACCGAUAAUCCUGUUCCAUUUUAGAAAACUGUAGAAGUGCCUAAAAAAUGCUCAUCAACAACACAUGCAUCCAGAGUGUAUCACUAAAAGUCACAGACACAACACACUGGCUGUCAGAAGCUACAUGGGACUUUUUCGGGAAAGACAUCACAUUUUGCGAAUCGUUACUGGAAUCAGUUUUUCUAGUAACCGUUCAUUAACAUCACAAGUGACUUUAUCGAAACAAAAGAAGUUAAAGAAACGACAAAUCAAAAAUAGCUUUGUAGAAUGUUUGGUGACUUUCAUGGUGUACCAUUGUUUCUUACCAUGGUUUGAGUAGUUUACAUGAGGAACGUGAGUGAGAAAAAAAUGUAUUGUAAACUGUGUAAUGUAUGUAAAGUGUCUCUUAUUUUGAGAGUUUAUAUUCAUAGUUCUAGAAAUGUAUUCGAAGUUAUUUAAAAUUUGUGUUGUGUCUACUAUCAAGGUAUGUUUGAAUUCCCCUAAAACCCUCCACCACCUCCAUCUCCCAGAACAAUCAGUUGUUUUUCAGUCAAGAUCAUCAAAAGUUAUUGUAUUAUUUUAGACCAACCCUCUUUAGUCAUUUCAUUUUACAAACAGCGUGUUUGAACUCAUGAUACUAAAUCUUAUUUUCCAUUUUUCAAAAUUCAGAUGUAAUUUCAUGGUGCUUGAUUAACAUUGACAAUCCACAGGCAUACCUUUGGAACAAGAGUGUUUCACUCCGGUUUCACAUUUUGGUUUCAUUCACUUUGAUUGUCUUCACAUGCAUUAUGAUUUGUGUGUAAUAUUUGUGGAAGGUGGUAAAAGUUCUAUUUUGUUGUAAUUUAUCUUAUGUUACUCUUGGUCAAAUUUUAGUCAAAAACAAUGUUGUAAACUAUUCUAUUUUGAAAUGAAUGUAAUUUAUUGAGCUGUGCUACAUUCUGCACGGUUGGUCAUUUAAAGGUCUAACCUGUCAGGUCAGCGAAUGAGAAGUCGCACACGUCUGAGGGGUGGGGUUUAAAAUUCUACUCACCAAUAGAAAGCUACUGGAUCUUUCUUGCCUUCUCAUCGAUAAAAAGAUCACGGUGUUGCAGUAAUGAGCAUAGUUAUAGAGUUGCUUGUGUUGUUGGAAAAAAAAUGUUUAUUGUAUAGAUGACAUUUUACCAAAAAAAGAGAAGAAAAUUUCAAAAAAGAUGUACUUUUCACUCUAGUAAAAUAGUAUUUCAUAACAAUAUUAAGUUGUUGCUGUGGCAACCAAAUGUUGCAAUUACUAAAGUUCGGUAUUUUUGUAAAUGACAUUGUUAAGUUGAUUUUUGUUUCUUUUUGCUAGAACACUGUACACAAGGUAGAUUGUAAAGAAGAUAUGAACAUUUCUUAUUCUUCACUGAGAUUAUGACAAUGACCUAAUAUUUUCAUUAGCGAAUAACAGCCUCCAUAGUGCUGUGACUGUAACACUUAAAUAGAUUUAAAGUCAUCAAUGUUACAUAGAUUAUAUAUAAAUAUAUAUAUAAGAACUAAAUAAUCUAUAAAUUAAUAAGUUCAGAUGUACAGCUCUUCCCCCGACAAAGGACCUUUAGGUUCCACACUGAGACAUUUUAUUCGAGGCGUAUGUAUCACUAGAGUUAAGGAUUGCACUUUUCAUAUUCUUUAAAGAUGUGAUCUGUUUUUCAUUUCCUGCUAGUACAGUAAAUCUGUUUAUCAAUCAAAAGCAGAUACUACCGGUAAAUAACUUUAAUUCAACAUGUUGCAUGGGAAAACAAUAUUUUCUUUUCUUACUAAAUGAUAACGUACUGAAUGUUUCUAGUGAAAAAAAAAAAUGUCUGUACACAAAAUGUCCUCAUUAGGUGACCCACGAUGCCCUUGUGUAUGGAAUCCUCUUGAGAUGUAAUGUUUUUUGAAAUGUGUCGGCAAUGAUUGACUGAUGGUAAAAAGAAAAAUGUAAGCACUUUCUGAGCAGUUGGUCAACUGAGCAGACUCAGCUUAUCCAAACACUUUGCCUUAUCUUGAGUCCAUCGUGCUUAAGGUUUUAUGUUUUUAAGAGCUCUUAUGAAAUUUAUGAAAGAGGCUUGAACGGGUCUCUCUUCUCAAAUCCCUCCUCAGUUUCAUUUCAAAUAUAUAUCUUUAUAUCUAAAAUCAUUUUUUAAGGUUUUAAUGUGCGCAUCACAAGGCCAAAAUGGGUGACUGCAACAGAGAGACCAGUCACUGAUCUUUACUUCUGGUCUCCCAAAUCUGUAGUGACAUCUUUUCGUCCCAUUGCCUUACAAUGGAACUGUUUGGAGCGUGUAAUUCACAGCUUUAGCCAGCAGAGGGCACUACACUGGAGACUGCAGGUUAUGACUUGUGACUGCCUGUGCCAUCGUUGUUGCAGUGUACCCUAACAACAAAGUAAAAACAUAAAGAUUAAUUGACAAGAAGACCCUCAUCGGAUUUAUAGUUUCAAUGUAAUCAUUUUUCAAUGUAUUCUUUUUGCAUAUAUUUUGUGCUAUUUUAUGUUUCUAUAGUCAAAUGUUUCUUUGGUUCCAGCAAGAUAGUGUAAAAUCUAUUGAAAGAAAGAAAUAAAGAAAAUCAAAGGAA